AUGUAUUUCAUUCCGAGUCGGUGCUGUCUCCAAGCUGUGAUGUUCCUCUCAGUGUGGAAAUGGACGUUCGUGACAUUUGAAAGAUGUUGUACAGCCACAGAUGUGAAAGAAAGCAAGAUUGAACAGGAUCAGCUCUUUAUCUUCAACCCAUUGCUCAAUAACAAAGCGCUUCCGAAAUUCUCGAUAAUUUCCUCGGACUAUGUGGUUCCUGGGAUCACAUUGCUGAUUGAACAAUACGAGAAAGGUCUGGACACACUUGAAAAUAAACUAGAACCUGCUGGAAAACAAAUAACGUGGGAAUUGAUAAUCAACAAGUUGGAAAUCAUGGAGUAUCCUCUUCACUACGGUUGGGGAAUAGUGAUACACUUGAAUAAAGUUAAGAACAAUCCAACACUACGGGAUGCCUUUGAUGAGAUAGAACCACAAGUUGUGGAAGAGUUUAAUCGAUUUUCUCAGAGUGCCAUACUUUACAAAGCUUACAAGGAGCUGAAGUCGGGAGAUCAACACCUUGAUAAAGUGCAGCUUCGCAUCAUAAAUUCAGUUCUACUUCAAGCCCAGAACGGGGGAGUCGAACUCGAGGGCAAAACAAAACAACGGUUCAAUGACAUUCAGCUGCACCUAGCAAACCUCUCGAGCGUAUUCAGCAACAACGUAUUAGAUUCUACAAAUAAUUACUCCAUCCUGGUGACAAACAGAGCCAACAUUGCUGGCCUUCCCGAAUCCGCAAUCAGGCUUUUAGCAAGUAAAGCAGCCGAGGACACAGGACAAAGUUCCAAUCCAGAGAGUGGUCCCUGGAAGAUUACCUUAGAUAGCCCCAGCUAUGACCCAGUCAUGGAGUACAGUCACAGCAGACAGUUAAGAAAAAGACUGUAUAAAGCCUUCAUCACCAGAGCUAAAGGUGGGAAAUACGACAAUGGUGCAUUGAUCGAUGAGAUCAGAGCACUGAGACGUGAAUUUGCCAUUAUCCUCGGCUACGACAACUAUGCAGCAUUCUCUCUGAAUAGAAACAUGGCAGGAAAUUUGGAGAAUGUGUGGGAAUUCAUUAAUAGUCUACGUAUGAAGAGUUACCCAGUGGCACAGCAGGAACUGGAAACCUUGGAACAGUUUGCCCAGAGCGAGGGUCACAAAGGCAAGCUGAGACAUUGGGAUAUAAGCUAUUGGGUACGGCGUCAGCGGGAUAAGAUUUUCAGAGUAACAGAGGAAGAAGUGAGGCCAUACUUUCCAGUGGAAAAGGUUCUCUCUGGCCUGUUUCAUCUGAGUAAGGAAUUAUUCGGGAUAACAAUUACACCUGCAAUGGACGCUGAUGUCUGGCACCCCGAUGUUAUUGUCUUCCACGUCUACGAAAAGGAAGGCUCCUACCUUGCUUCCUUUUACUUGGAUCUAUAUUCGCGUCCGAGAGAAAAAGACAAGGGCUCCUGGACAACAGCCUUCAUAUCAAAUAGCAAACUUCUAAACAAGAAACCGGUGGCUUUCCUGGUGUGCAACCAACUCCCGCCCGUUGGCUCCAUCCCGUCACUGAUGUCCUUCACAGAGGUCAAGACGCUGUUUCACGAGUUCGGACACGCACUGCAGCACAUGCUGACCACCGUGCCGUACAGCAUGGCGGCCGGCUACAAUAACAUAGAGUGGGACGCGGUGGAAUUCCCCUCACAGUUCAUGGAGAACUGGGUGUACGAUAACAACACAAUAUCUCUGAUCAGCAGCCACUAUAAGACGGGAGAGACGCUGCCUCAGUCCAUGUUUGAACAGAUUGUGAAAGCCCGUCAGUACCAGGGUGGGUCCAUUCUGCUGAAUCAGUUGUUCCUUGCAGCGUUGGACUUGGAACUACACGUCAGUGGGAGCUACGCAGCUGGCUACUAUGGCUACGGAUGGGCCGAGGUGUUAUCCCAGGAUGCGUUUGGAGCCUUUGAGGAGGCUGGUUUACAAAACAGAGACAAAUUAGUUGAGAUUGGACAGAGGCUGAUACCUGCCACAAAGGAUGACUGGAUACACGUCAACUUAGAAGACAGUCAGAAUUUUGACGAAGAAAAUCCAACUCCAACCAUCUCGCUCAACGUAGCAGCAUACUGCGAGCAGGAGCUGGGAUACCUGCUUUAG